UGAGUGACAUGCUUCUCACACACUUUGACCUGAAUCACACACAUGUUCAAACAGGACCUGUGGACGUGCAUUAGUGGAGAGAAGUCAGAGUGGGGCUGCUACACACUGCUAUGCAGGCAGUGCACCAGAUCAGUCGUGGGUUAUUAUUUAUUAAUGAUCAUGUGAAUCAUUAGAUGGCAUUCUAUUUGUAAUUCUGCCACCAGGGUGUAUUAGACAAGGACACUCAUAUAUUGUGUAUUGCAAAACAUUAUUUAUUUUGUUUAUAAAAACACAACAUAAAUAAAUAUAAUAAUAUAUUUGGCAUAACAUGCAGCACAUAGAACACUAGAAAUGUUAGGUGUGUAUGUGAUCUUAAAGUUAUUGGCAUUAUGUUUCAUGGAUGUGCAAUAAUUAGUUAUUAGUGCCAUUAUUUAUUUAUUUAACCCCUAACAGAAGCCAUUUUACAUGAUCUCUUUCUUAUUCGAGCAGUAGACAGGAAGUGUAAAGAGGUUUGUUGAGGUUGGUACUUAAAAUUGUGUGAAGUGCAAUAGGGAAGGAAGUACAGAGAAAGAAGACGUCAAAGAGAAACUCUGCUCUCACAUUUUAAUGAACUGUUUCUUGUCUUUCUCCUCUUUUCCUUCUGCAUUAUUAGAAAUGUAAAGUUAAUGUGUUUUUUUUAAAAGCUAAGCGUCAGAGCUUCAUUGUCGUUUUCGAUGUGAAGAUGGACCAAACCUUGCGUUGUGUGCUGGGGUUUUUCUUGCUGAAUUUGAUCCCCAACGGAUUGGCUCAAGGUAACCGUCCCCGUGUGACCACAACAUCCAACUGGCCUGAAACAUUCUGGGGUGAGACGCUCACUCUCAGAUGUGAGAUUGAGGGAGGUGGAGACUCUGAAUGGAGGUUUGUAUGGAGAAGACACAGAACAUCCAGCUCAGACAAAGAAACAACAGACAAUAAAUACAUUAUUAGUGGAGCCACUAAUUCUGACAACGGAGAAUACCAGUGCUCAGGCAUAAGGGGCCACACUAAUCCUACCUUCACGCCUUGGAGUGAACCCUUCAAAUUGACUGUAACACCAAGAAGACCAAAGGCUGAACUGAGAGCUGACAGGACAUCAAUUCCAGCAGGGGGCGCUGUGACCCUGACCUGUGAUGUGAACCCUCCAUCACCUGGCUGGACGUACAUCUUGUACAGAGGAGAUCACUCGGGCACACAAGAUGAUGGUAAAAACUUCAAUGGACGAAUCAGUGUCUCCCAGGGAGGAGUCUACUGGUGCAGAGGAGAGAGAGGAGAACCAGUUUACUACACAGAGUACAGCUAUUCAGUCACUAUCAACAUCAUUUACAGAGCUGUUGCGACUCUUCAGCCCCAUUGGACUGAGAUAUACAACGGAGAGAAGAUCACUUUUAGAUGUGAAAUCGAGGGUGGAGACGACUCUGAGUGGGAGUACGAGUGGAAAACAAGCAGCUCAUUCAAACCUCCAAAGGAAAAGGAAUACAGUAUUGGACCUGCUUAUACAUCACACAGUGGAAACUACAUCUGUAAGGGCAGAAAAAAAAGUGACCAGUCUCCAACAGGUUGGAGCGAUCCCAUCACAUUAACGGUUUUAUCCAGUUCACCCCAGCCUGUCCUCACCGUGUCUCCACUCUGGCUGAGUCCUGGAGACUCUGUGACUCUGAACUGUGAGGUUAAACACCCAUCAGCAGGAUGGAGGUUCUACUGGUAUAAAGCUAUUCCCAAACUAUCUGACAACUCCUACAGCUACCAGCUGCUAUCUGGAAGCAGAGAUGGAACUGAAAAGUAUUCCUUCAUUGUUCAUGGACAGACACACACAGCAGGAUAUGUGUGCAGAGCUGGAAGAGGAGAAAUGAACACUCCUUAUAGUGAACCAAAGUUUGUCUGGUCUGGAGAUUUGCCUUCAUCAGCAUCUCUCACAGUGAGUCCUGAAAGAGUGCAACACUUCAUCUCUGAUUCUGUCUCACUGGAGUGUAAGGGGAACUCUACUCAGUGGAGAGUGAAGUUUCAAUGGGAUAGCUUCCUGGCAGAUUGCUCCAAGUGGGAUACAAUGACUGGAUCAACAUGCACAAUAAAAAGUUUAAUCUCAAGAAAUAAUGUGUACUGGUGUGAGUCUGGAUCAGGGGAGUUCAGCAACGCUGUCAACAUCACUAAACAGAAUUCUGAAAUUAUCCUGGUGAGCCCUGUCCAUCCAGUGACUGAAGGAAGUUCAGUUAGUCUUAGCUGCAGAUUGAGAAGCUCAAAUAUUGUUUCCAAUGUGUUCUUCUAUCGGAAUAACAAACUCAUUCAAAAUGAUACCAGAAAGGAGCUUAAUAUCUCUGCUGUGUCAAAGUCUGAUGAGGGCUUCUACAAGUGUCAGACCUCAGGGAGAGAGUCGUCUCAGAGUUGGAUGUCAGUAACAGAUGAUUCCAGACCUGUUGUCAAGGUGUCCACUUCAUGGCCGAGUCCUGGAGCCGAAGUUACUCUGAAGUGCCGUUUUAGCAAAAAUGACGGAUUGUGGACGUUCAAGUGGUAUAAGGCUGUUCCCACAUCAUCCAACAACUCCUACAGUCACGAGAAACUGUCUCACAGCUGCAGUGGACAAGGUCAAUGUUCCUACAUUGGUCAUGGACAGACACGCACAACAGCAUACGUGUGCAAAGCUAACAGGGGAAAUGAUGCUCGCACCAGCAGACCCACAUUUGUCUGGUCUAGAGAAAUUCAUCCAAAUUCAAUCAAAGUGAGUCCUCCUGACAGAGGCCAGCACGUUUCCUCAGAGAAUGUCUCACUGAGCUGCGAGGGAAACUCUUCUAAAUGGAGGGUGAUGAGAUUAACUGAAAAAGGCCAUCGGUCAACCUGCUCUGAAUGGGGGACAAUGAAAAAUUUGACGUGUCACAUCACGAAACCUACAAAAAAACCAGCCGUGUACUGGUGUGAGACUGCAUCAGGCCAAUUCAGCAAUGCAGUCAACAUCACUUUUCAAAUGUCCAGCUCUGAAGGUUCCUCCUUUCCUCUGCCAUUGGUCCUUGGACUGUUUUUUCCCCUUUUAACCCUGAUUCUCCUGCUGCUGUUGUGUUGCCACAGAAAGUCAACGAAUACAUUCGUCACCAGGAUUUUUAGACCCUCAAAGUCUCAGAAAACCAAUCAGAGCCCAGCUGCAGAUGACGUGGUCGACCAGAACAAGACUCAAGAUGCGGAUGAAUCCAACGAUGUGAUGUACUCUUUGAUUCUGUUUAAAAACACAAGAGGUAAAGGUGAGUACUCGUGUUUCAGACCAGGUCCGCCUUCAUUACAGCUUCAUCAACGCUGCAACGCUCGAAGAAGAGUAUCGGUAUAAUCAUGGUCACCAACCUUUAUU